AUGGCCGGUCUGACAGCGGAGGAGCUGCGCGCCGAGCUUGAGGCGACCGAGAGGCGGGCGGAGGCGGAGGAGGUCAGGAUUCAAGAGGCUGCCGCCAAGCUGGUCGAGGCCGAGGAGCGGCAGCGGCUGCGGCGGCUGUUGGAGCAAGCGAGAGCCGACUUGGCUUUCAAGCAAAAGACUCAUCAACAUCUGGAUGCUCGUCGGAGAAGCGUGGACGAGGACCGGGCUGGGCCCAAUCUUCUUCAUGGCACGCAACAGUCGCCCAAGCCCCCGGUCCUCCUCUCUUCUAGCGAUGCAGAGUGCACCAGUUUCGGGCACACGGUCGCUCGGGGCGAGCACGUGUGGAAACUUCAGCAGCUCUCGUGGCUCCCUACCGUGCUUCGCCAGGAGGAGCUCUGCACAGCGCAGUCGGAGCCAUUCUGCGUGGGCGGCUUUCUUUUUCAGUUUGUCUACAACCCUCACGGAGGCUAUCUUGACUCCCGUGUCGGCUGGGACGAUCGAUGGGCACAGGGUUCCGUCGCCAUAGUGACCUCUGCUAAUGACGGGUUUGCACUUCGGUACCGCAUUUUCGUCAAGGCACGUGACAGAGCCUUUGUACAGUGGGGCGAGACGCGCGAUGAAAUCUAUGACGCGGAUGACGACGACAUCGUGGCGUAUGGUCCCGAUGUGAAUUGGGAGGGGCAAGUGUCUCCUCCAUCUGUGACUGGCAUCUUCGGCCUAACGUUCGAGCAGCUGCUGCAGUCCGAGUGGGUCGUGGACGACACGUUGACCUUGAAGUUUGUGCUGGAAGUGCGACCUGAGGGGUGUUAUGAGUCGGAGCUCUUCAGCCAGGCGGUCGAGGUUCCCGAAGCUACCAUGAGUCGCGACACGCAAGCUCUUUUGGAGAAAGGCUCGUGCAGCGACGUGCGGUUCAUUGUGCAGGGUGAAGAUGUCCACGCGCACUCGCAAGUCCUCUGUGCGAGGUCCGAAGUGUUGGAGAAGCAGCUGACGGGCGGCAUGCAGGAAUCGGCGUCCAAGGUGAUCGUGGUCGAGGACUGCGAUGUGGCCACCUUCAAAGCCUUCCUGCAGUUCCUCUACACCGACCGCCUGCCCACCAUCGAUGAGCUUGCGGCACAGGCUCCAAGCGCAGGGCAGAGGGAUGAUGGAAACGUGCAGCUGCUGCAGAUGCAGGCCUUGCUCGCUGUGAGCCACAAGUACCAGGCGACCAGGUUGCAGCGGUGGUGCGAAGCGCAGCUUUGCGAACGGCUCAGCACAGCCGAGGUCUGCGGAAUACUUGGGCAGGCACACCUCCUCCAGGCCAGGCAGCUGGAGAAGGCCUGUCUCGCCUACCUCAAGUGCCACCUGACAGAGGUGCUCAAGCUCAACGCGUAUGCGGAGAUGGUCGCGAAGUGGCCCGAGAUCGGCUUGAAGGUGAACCUCUUCUCUGCGGGCGUGCCGGAGGCGGCGGCGGCCGCCGUCGUGGACGUAGGGAGCGCAGCGGGGACAUGCCCGAAGCGCAGGCGGCUGCAGUCAUGA